CAAAAUAAGUUUUGAAUUUCAUAAGGCCAGCCAUAUAAAUGCUAUCAAAAUCGCCUUUUAUUGAGUCCAUAUGUUUACUAUAUGACUGAUUGCUGUUCUUAUACAUUUUAUAAGGUUGGCGUAUGAAAUCUAAUGAAAUUGUAUAUGUGAAAAAGUUAUAUGAAAACCUUAUAGAAAUAUAUUUCAUGAUGGCGAAAAAGGCAGACCAGUCGAAGCAAGAGGAUGGUGAACAUAUUUGGAAAAAUAAAGUAAGUAAGUGAAUUAUCUCGUUUUUAAUGCAACUAAUAUGUUUUAUUAUUGUUUCAGGACUCGACCGCGCUACUCAUCAUUCCUACGAUCAAGCAUCUGCUCAAAACCCAUACCGAUAGGAGAAUGAUCUCCGCGAUCUGAUCAUUGCUUGAGUGUCCGAGGCAAAACUUCCGGAAAUAACUCGAUCGAAAGCAGUGACAACGAUUACGCUCCGAUUGCUCCGUUCCAUGUAAAAACCCCAACCGACUCCAAUUUCCCAAUUUCAAACAUCCUCACUGCUGCAAAGGCCACAACAGCAACAAGAAUCGCAGCAGGCAUUUGAAGAUGCCUUCCGGCAACACCUGGCACUGACAUAUGGAACAGUGACGUUGGCGUUGAUGGAGGUGGAGGUCGGCCAUAAAGUCACAACCGGUAGCCAUGUCGAUGAGCGGCACGACGAGUUGCGCAAUUUGGUUCUUUGCCAGGGCAGGUCAAACCCGAACUUCACUUUGCUUACAGGUCUUGAAGGCGCAGCGCAACUUAUACCUGUUCUUCGACGCGAUCCGUUUCCGGCGUUAUCAGUGAGCAGCUGGAGCAACCGGCGAUUUAAAACCAACGACAAGAUUAACCACACACAUUCGCCGUCGGAAAUUUACGAGUCGCAAUAUGAGGUCAUGCUGCAGAUUUAAUAAGUAGUGGACGUGGAGUUGGAGGUGGGGCCGAUGCACUGAGGUACACUUCCCGAUGUUCGAGGUGCACUUCCCGAUGUUUGUCCCCUAGUCUCGUUCUGUUAAAUGCAACAGCAGCAUCACGAUGACGAUGUCGUGAUUAACCGGAAAUUUACGACAAACUCACCGGGAGUGACGCAACCGAUGCAAAGCGAACGGCCCAAGCGAACGCAACCGCCACAGUUACAAAACGUCAACCAAGAGCAUAUUGUGAUCGUGAUCAAUUCGGAGGAAAAACAGGAGGUCAUCAACGAGAAGCGGUCCAUUUACGGUGCAAACAUAAUCGAGAUCACCUUCGUUUGUAUGCAGUUAGACCACGUGACCGAACACGAGCGUUCCAACUAUGGCCAGUUCCCGAUCGACCCGAGACGAUCCACACCCAUCGAUCGAAGGUACGAUCCGCGUACACCGGUGCCCAAGCAACAUUCACAGCGACUUGGGGGACUGAAUGUGCGAACUAGUUGACGCGUCCUAGAUUCAAAAGCGGCCACGACCAGUAGUGAGACCUUGAGUGAGACUCGUUCAAUUUGAUCUGUUUUUUUUUUGUAAUAUAACGGAAAUAAACUUUUAAAAAAUCUUCAAAUCAAUACAGUAACAAUUUUAAGAGAGAAAAAUCUAGGAAUAAUUCCUAUUCAUAAGUUUGCCAUAUAGACACCAAAAUCUGCCAGCUUCACAAUAUUUGCGUUUCAUAAGGUUU